CCUUCCUCGCAAUGGCUUCCUCCCACUUUCCUCAGCUUCAUGGUUCCGAACAUAACGAGGUUUCCGAUCCACUCGAUCGACUGAGUGAGUUGCCCGAUUCCUUAAUCCUCUCGAUUCUUUCGUUGUUGUCGUCGACGAGAGAUGUUGUUAGUACAACCGUUCUCUCCAAACGCUGGAAAGAUCUGUGGACCACCGUCCCCCGCCUUGAGUUCAAAGACGAAAAUCCAGAGUUUAUUUGUGGGGUUCUUGAAAAAUGGAGAGGUGCCCAGAUUCAGAGAUUUUGCCUCCUUUGUUUUUGUGAUGAGUUACCUCCUCCUACUAGCAGCGAUGUUGAUUCGUGGCUGCUUUUUGCGAUGGAGAAGCAAGUGGAAGAUCUACAUAUAUAUGCCAAUGAUAUCGCAUACUGCCCACCUCAGAGUUUGUAUUCAUGCUCCUCCAUUACAAAAUUAGACCUUGAAUAUUGUUGGUUCGAAAUCGAGGGGAGUGUGCAGUUGAAUCAACUCAAGAUGUUAUCAAUUCGGAUUCCGCAUUCCUUGUCGGCUGACGCCAUAAACAAACUUCUCUUGGGCGCCCCUCGCUUGGAAGAUAUGACUUUGAUUGAUGUUGAGAUUAAUGGAAACUUCAACAUCAUAUCUCGCAGUUUGAAGACGCUCAUAAUCAAAGAGGCUGAUAUAAAUGGAGAGCUCACGAUUAGGGCGCCUAAUCUCUUGACUUUAGAAAUUCGCGCAUACAUUCAUAAUGGUGCUAGUUUUUUGUGCCAUGUCCCAUCUUUGACUAAGGCUUGUUGUUUUCAAGCUCAACAUUGGUAUGCGUAUGAUCCGCCUCUCGAAACGUUUUAUCAACUUUUAAGAUGCAUUUGCCAUGUUAAGAAGGUUGGAUUAUCGGAGUUGAGCACUAAGGUUUGA